UUGGUUAACAUGGUUAGUCGGUGAAUGUAGAUUCUUAUAGGGCAUAAAGUAAGUGAAAUUGGGUAACAUAGCUUUGCGAUAUGUAUGUUAGCCGGAUAUUCGAGUUUGAGACUUAGUUUAACUUCGCGGACGAAGUUCUUUUAAAAUUGGAUAGAAUGUAGCAUUUGAGUUUAAUUUCAUCUCUUUUUUACCUUUUCUUUUAAUUGGAUCAAAAUACCCAAAACCCACCUCCUCCCUUCCAAUCCUAUGAAUCAGAAAUCAGCAAAACAAUCACACUACUUCAUUUGAACACAUCAGAAUCUCAAGAACCUUACCUUCCUCCUUCUCUUGCCAUUCCCUCUGAAAAUGGCAGAAUCACACUGAAAUUAUUCAAGCAAACAAUCAAUCUUUCUCUCUCUCGUGGUUCUUGAGUUCGUGCGCCUGAGAACCACCAUUGGUUCUCGGUGUUUACUUCCCGAAACCGGCAACAACAGCCGCGACAGCAACCCACGCUCAGUCUUUUUCGGUGUCCUUUUCCGGGGAAAAAAACGUUGCCAAUCAGUCUAUCUAGCCUUCACAAAAACAAUUCAGCGUUUUCCAGGUGAAAAAGAAUUGGCUCAGAGUUUCGUUAAAUUUUUACAACUAUGCAAGAAAAGAAGUAUGGAUUGCAACUUAGGGUUCCAAAAUCUCAGCCGAAACAGACAAGACCUUUGAUCCCCAAGCCCCUUGCGUUCAACGAUGAUGAUGAUGAUGAUGUGGAGAGAGAAAUUUCUCGGCAAGCUGCCAAGAACAAGUCGCUCAAAGAUGUUGAGGAACAGUACAAAAAGGCAUUGGAAGAGGACCCUUCAAUAUUUGAUUAUGAUGGAGCUUAUGAUGAUAUGAAAGCUAAAGUUGCUCAGCCAAAAGCCCAGGAUAGGGAACAACGUCAGCCCAAAUACAUUCAAGCAUUGAUGGAAAAGGCUAAACGACGAGAAAGAGAACAAGAGAUUGUUUAUGAGAGGAAGCUUGCAAAAGAAAGGAGCCAAGAAGACCACCUUUUUGCAGAUAAAGAUAAGUUUGUCACUAGUGCUUACAAAAGGAAGCUUGCGGAGCAGGAGAAAUGGAAAGAGGAAGAACGACUACGUGAGCUACGUGAAGAGAGGGAUGAUGUGACCAAGAAGAGUGACAUUACGGAUUUUUACUUCAACCUAGCUAAAAAUGUUGCAUUUGGAGCAAGCGAGAACUCCAAAAAGCAAGAGAAAGAGCAAAAGGAACCAGCAAUUGCUACAGAAGAGUUGAAGAAACCAGUGAAGCCAGAAAAGGAGCUAGACUCAAAUCCAGGUAUCCGGGAACAUCCAUCCACAAGUGCAACUGUGGCCUUGCCUUCGAGAUUGGAAAAUAGAAGUCAAGGAGUAACUUCAGCUGUGCCUGAGAGAAGUCGAGAGCCAACUACAAACACGGCAGAACCUCAUAUUGUUGUUGCUGAAAAGAAUCCUCCGCCUAGUGAUCAACCCAAACAGGAUCAUCAUAAGAAAAGUGUGGAUGCUCUUGCAGCUGCCAAAGAACGGUUCAUGGCAAGGAAAAAGGCAAAGAUGCAAUAAUAACUGAUCGAUUUUCUCAUCGUCACUCAUUUCCCAUGGAUCAGUAAGUUCAGUUCUGAUACCAGGUGUUGAAUGAUCAUGUAAAAGUUCCAGUUAUAUGUAACAGCAACAAUUGAAUGGAUUUUUAUGUUUCAUAAUUUCAAGUCUCUUUAGAAUGUGAAUUCUUUUUCGGUAGAAGUUUACCUAAUUAAAUUUUAAAAAUGAUCCAAUAAA